AUGUAUUUUAUUUUGAAAGUAAAAUCCGGAAGUCCCGUGCCUGGCCGCGUCCGGCUUGUCGCAGGUGCCCCCCGGCUCAGACACCGCUCCGCGCUUCGCAGAACAGCCGGACUUGGACGCUGGAACCGCGGGGAUGGACCCGUCAAGAGCCGCCCAAGAGUUACAACAUUUCCUGAAAAAAUGUGUCUUUCAAAGGUGAGGACUCUCUGAAGGGGCUUCAGUCACGGCGCCAAGUUUCAGAAGUGUUCUGGUGCAGGCCAGUGCGUGCCGCCCGCCCGCCCGGGACCGACCGUCUCGGGACUCCAGCGCCCAGCGGCCGGGUGUGCAGGAUGAGCCGCGGGGAGGAGCAGCAGCGCCACUCGGGCAUCACGGUGAGGUUUGCGCCGACGGAGUGACCAGCAGUUCCCCACCAUGGAGGAGAAGUUCAGCAGACUCAUCCUCAUCCCCAUCGCCGCGGUGCUCUUCCUCAUGAUCGGAUACCAGUACGUGUGCCCGGCGGGCGGCAACACCUGCUACUUCCGAAGCGACCAGAGGGGGCUGUUCCAGGCGGACCCGUCCGCCUUUGAGCUACUUUCCACGGAGCCGGAGCCCGACGAGGACCUCCCGACCAAAAUCACCUCCAAAUUCAACUUCACGGAGCGGGACUUGGACCGGCGGGUCAGCUUCGACAUCCGCGGGGACGACGUGAUGGUGUUCCUGCACAUCCAGAAGACCGGCGGCACCACCUUCGGCCGGCACCUGGUCAAAAACAUCCAGCUGGAGCAGCCCUGCGACUGCAUGCCCGGCCAGAGGAAGUGCACCUGCCACCGGCCCGGCAAAGCCGAGUCGUGGCUCUUCUCCCGGUUCUCCACGGGCUGGAGCUGCGGCUUGCACGCGGACUGGACCGAACUCACGAACUGCGUGCCCGGGGUGAUGAACAAGCGGGACAAGAAGAACGCGCAAAAAAACAAAAGGAACUUUUACUACAUCACGAUGCUACGUGACCCCGUGUCACGCUACCUCAGCGAGUGGAAGCACGUUCAGCGCGGCGCCACAUGGAAAACUGCCCUCCACAUGUGCGACGGCCGCCCGCCCACUCAAGACGAGCUCCCCGCCUGCUACAGCGGCGAGGACUGGACGGGCGUGUCGCUGACGGACUUCAUGAACUGCCCCUACAACCUGGCCAACAACCGGCAGGUGCGCAUGCUGGCCGACCUCAGCCUGGUAGGCUGCUACAACAUGUCCUCCAUGAGCGAGCUGGAGCGAGGCCGCGUGCUGCUCGCCAGCGCCAAGGUCAACCUGCGCAACAUGGCCUUCUACGGCCUGACGGAGUUCCAGCGCAAGACGCAGUACCUGUUCGAGAGCACCUUCGGCCUGCACUUCAUCCGGGCGUUCACCCAGAUCAACAGCACGCGCGCCGCCAGCGUGGGGAUCAGCGAGAAGGUGCGGUGGCGCAUCGAGGGGCUGAACGCCCUCGACAUGGAGCUGUACGAGUACGCCAAGGAGCUGUUCCUGCGCCGCUACCAGUUCAACCGACAGAGGCAGCAUCAGGAGGAGCGCAUCCGGAGGCGGCAGGAGCGGCAGCGCAUGCACAGGACCUACCUGGGUCAGCUGUGGAGACUGGGAGGAGGCGGAGACAUCGAGGAGGAGGAGGAGGUGAAAGUGCCGGAGGAGGUAGCCACCACAGAGGACUACAGCAGCCAGGUGGUGCGGUGGUAGGCCGCCGCCGCCGCCGCACAGACGGUCAGCCGACUGAUUCAUUGCGCUUCGCUCUCCUCCCUCCAUUAACUCGUCUCUCCUCUGCCGUGACUUUGCGGGAGCGCCGGCCCCCGUGGCGCCUCGCUGGACUGCCGAACGGUGUCUUAAUAUUUAUGAUGGAUGUAUUUGUCACAGCGACAUUUUUGUAUGUACGUUCUUUUCUAUGUCCUCCUUUGGCACUGCGGUGGUGAAAUAAUUUAUUCGUCCAUUAGUGAGUGCUUUGAAUGUCCUCGGAGAAAAAAGAAAAACGCUGCUUAAGUUCUGCUAAAAAAACAACAAAAAAACUCGUUUGUGAGCAUCUUCCACCGGAGGGUGUUUGUGUUGAUCGGUGGAUUCUCGUGGUGACUUUGUGGUGUUUGGCUUCACAAGAGUAUCAAAGCACAAACUUGGCAAACUGCAGUGUGUUUCUCCUCUCCCUCUUGACUGAUUAAGCUGCAACGCACAGAAGCAGGCCGAGCAAUUUCUCGCAGGAAAUGUGUUGAAUAAAAAUAUAUGCAGCAUCCAGUCAA